AUGUCUGCCAUUUUAACAACUCUGGGCCUCCGCGCUGCAGCUGGCCAACAGCCAGCAAACCACGCCGCUGGGUUCCUGGUGGGCAACUGGUUCCUCGCGUUUUGCUUCAUGAGCAUUCGUGGUGAGAAGAUGUAUUAUGGUCUCGACCAUAAUGACUCCCCGCGCGAAGACUUGUCUAAGUACGGCGAACGCGCUGUUCAGGAAGGCAAGCUGAGCCGUCGCACGCUUGAGAAGCUCAAGCGGAAGGAGGCUGCGCAUGCGAACGCGCAGGAGGGAUAUCCGCUGUUUGUUGCGGCGAUGUUGCUGUCCUUGUACGCCGGUCUCCCCAAUGAGACCAUCAACGGCAUUGGUAUUUGGUAUACCCUUUCACGCGUUGCGUACAGCUUUGCCUACUCGUACAUCGACUCGCCAACUGUGAGCUAUCUUCGUUCUGUGACUUGGUGGUCGGGUAACAUCAGCUGCGUCACUGCUCUGGUGCUGGCUGGCAAGAAGCUGUAA